UAUUGUCUUUCCCAUCUCCAUUGGAUAAUGCUUUAGACUUCAUCGUGUCUUCUCUUCCUCCUCCUCUAUGGAAAAAGGACGACCUUUCACUAAUGACUCCUCUGUUCCGCUCAUUCUUGCAGUUUCAUCCCCGGUCUGUCCCAGUAUUGCGGUGGGCGAUGAUCAGGAGAUGGUCAACGGAGGCCGCCGAACUGAUGUCUUCGAGAUGGAUUUGUUUCCAGCCAAGAACACUUCCAUAAAGCAGGAAGACGCCAACGCUGAGACUGCCGGAUUGUUGCAGCUUCACGCUGCGAACACGCGCAGCGAUCAGUCAACUGUGGAUGAUAUGGAUGGAAAAUAUGAGCUGGCUGUCUUGAAAGAGGAGUUGACCCGCAUAAACGAAGAUAACCAAAAACUAAAAGAGUUUCUCAAUCAAAUGACCACCAACUACACAUCCCUUCAUAUGCGAGUGGUUCAUCUAUUGCAGGGGCGCAAUCCAAUUUUAGGCAACACAAUGGAGACUCUUCAGUCGCAAGAGGUUACCGAUGGAAAAACUGAUGAUGCUAAACCUCUUGACGAUGGAAGGGUUGUUGCUCCGAUCAGGCAGUUUAUGGAUUUGGGCCCGGCGGGAAGCCACAACGAGCCGUCGAACUCCUCGACUGCCAGCCCAGACCAGUCGCGGACGUUGUCGUCGCCGGUGGAGACCUCCGAAGUAGCAUCACCGGGCUACAACGCAAAAGAGAAAAUUGUGAACCUCAACGAAGCGCCCAGGUUGAUCCCCCCGCCGACCGACCAAGCCCAAGGAGAGACCAUGAAGAAACCCCGUGUAUCGGUUCGAGCUCGAUCGGAAGCGUUAAUGAUUGCUGAUGGUUGCCAAUGGAGGAAGUACGGGCAGAAGAUGGCCAAGGGAAAUCCAUGCCCUAGAGCUUACUACAAAUGCACCAUGGCCACCGAAUGCCCAGUCCGGAAACAAGUGCAACGGUGCGCGGAUGACCGGUCGAAUCUAGUGACGACCUACGAAGGUGCCCACAACCACCCCCUCCCGCCGGCGGCCAUGACAAUGGCGACCACCACCACAGCCGCCGCGUCGAUGCUCGUGUCCGGCUCGAUGAGUAGCGCCAAUGCGCUCAUGAAUCAUAAUUUCCUCGCGAGGACCAUUCUGCCGGCGGUUUGCUCGUCGAGCAUAUCAGCGUCGGCUCCCUUCCCCACCGUGACGUUGGACCUGACCAAGAGUCCGAACCCGCUGCAGUACCAACGACCGCUAGCGGUGGCGGCAGUCCCUUUACAGGCCCAAUUCCCCGUGUUGCCGCCGCAGCUGCCACAGGUCUUCGGCCAGCCGCUGCUCAGCCAGCAGUCAGAUUUGGUGGGGUCGCCGGCGAUUACAGAGUCCAUGAGAGCGGCCACUGCCGCCAUCACGGUCGACCCGAAUUUCACUGCGGCCCUGACUGCUGCCAUCAAGUCCAUCCUCAGCGGCAAUCACCAGAAGGAGCAGAAUCCGGCAAAUCUUGAAGCUGAUUAAGUUACAAGAUAAAUAAUGACCAGUUCUGAUUAAUAAUUUUCCAUCAUGACGAAGUAGCAAGUGCAUACAUUGCUAGUUUCACGGUCUUUUCUUUUUAACUUCAUAUAAAUCCUUCUCUUUUUGUCUGUAUAUAUACUUGUACUUAAUUUUAGGUUUAGAUUGAUUUUGUCGGUCUGUUAUUUCCGGGCCGUGGAAUAAUUCCCUGCCAUCGUUAAUUUUCUCUUUAGGUUUUUGCAAGAAGUCUCAGCUGGUUCAGUGCGGUCGGGUUUACGGUGGAGCUGGAGCUCUUGCCGGUGUUCCAACGUCGUCGCAGGAGGUCAAGGAUUGCGCCCAAGCAAUUAAGAAAACGAUCGAGGGAGGAGGAUGCAUGGCAUGGAACGGAAGCCGCGAUGGCGAUCGAGUGGAAAGUUGUUCAGAUCCGUCAUUCCACGAUUUGACGUGCCGUAUCAUCGUGACGUAUAUAUAUAGCGUCUGAUAGAGAUCUUUCUAUUCACGGUUUUUUUAUGGAAGAGAGUAAGGGCAAGGAACCGGCCAGAGUUGAAGAUCAAGAUGAGUUUGCUUCCACAUGAUAGUUUGCCAGGUCUAUAUGAGAGCGACUUGGUAGAAAGGACGCCAGAAAAUUCCACAAUGGCGUGGAAUCAGAACCAGAACCGAGAAAAUACACAAAAAUGAAAUAUCAAUAUCAAUUUCACUAUACAAUCUCAAGUGCAAGCAUAUUGAAAUUAGAAAGUAAAAAACUGUCACAGAACAGGGAGGAUAUGAUAGACGGUUCAUCAUCUCAGGCAAUAGAAGUUUUUGAGGAAUUAAUAGAGUGACUGGAGAAGAAAAUAUAUAUGGAUUAAGGGAUCGUCUUUCUUUUGUA